UAGCUCAGCCGGUAGAGCGCGUGGCUUUUAACCACGUGGUCGUGGGUUCGAUUCCCACAGACGGCGCGUUUUGAGGUCGACAAGUGACCGACUUUUUCCUUUUUUGGUGGAAAAGUGACCGACUUUUUCGAUUUAUUUACGUACGAGUUAAAAUUAUUUUUUCUUGGGAUUCGGGAAGCUGGGUCCGGGCUCCGGAGUGCGGGUCAAAGAAGAUAUGCUGAUUCAGUGCUUCGCCUCAGCACCAUACCUCCAUGAACCUCAUCAUCACACCCUCCAUCGCACCCUCACGAAAUCGCCAUCCUCGCCGUUCGUCUCUGCAACCUGUCCUUCCUCGUCUUCUUCUUCCUCUUCUUCAACGGCGAUAUCCAGAAGAAGAGAAAUCUUAUUACUGUCUAUCACAACCGCCACUUGUUCUAUCUUACUCCCCGCUCCUCCUUCCAAGUCCGCCGUCAGCACCGACUUCUUUGAACUCCCAAACUCCGGUGGCGUCAAGGCCUUGGACCUCCGCCUUGGUACUGGUGCAACUCCCGACGACGGAGACCAGGUUGCAAUACAUUACUAUGGAAGGCUGGCAGCAAAACAAGGAUGGAGAUUUGAUUCCACCUAUGAUCACAAAGAUAGCAGCGGGGACCCAAUUCCUUUUGUAUUCACGCUUGGGUCUAGGAAAGUGAUUUCUGGAAUUGAAGCAGCUGUCAGAUCAAUGAAAGUUGGAGGUACUCGUCGAGUCAUCAUUCCUCCUUCGCAAGGAUACCAGAACACUUCUCAGGAACCUGUACCUCCUAAUUUCUUUGACAGGCAGAGGUUGUUUACUACCAUUUUCAAUCCCACUCGUCUUGCAAACGGAGAAGGCUCAACACUGGGUACUCUAAUAUUUGAUAUCGAGUUGGUCAGCGUAAGGCAUUAGCAAACUGAACUCCCAUUCUAUAUCAUUGACUUCUAUUCUAUUGCUUCUUCUGAAGUAAGCUGUGUCCAACAAUUCAAUUCGUUUAGCAACCGACUUUCUUGUAUGUAAUUUAUGUAUAGUUGUCCCCAGACUCAGCUCAGCCUGCUGCUGUCUUUAUAGUUAAACUUACAAGAGUCCUGCAUGGUGAUGAUUGAUGGUUUGCAAGUUGAAUAUGAAAUGUACAUGCUCCUAAGUGUUUUUAAUUGUUGGAAAUGAUGGAGAAUCAGGGGGAAUCCAGUUUAAAGUUCCC